CUACCAACUGACGCCUGUGUGAAUAGACCGACCGCUCUGCCUUCGUAACCUACUGACUGACUGACUGACUGACUGACUGACUAACCGUGUGACUAACAGUUGCUUGCUGGAGGAGUGGCUGAAGGCUUUGCUGUGUCUGGCGUGAAGAUGAGGGGGACAAAGGAGGCGGCGGUGCUGGCCUUCCUCCUUGCCACAACCCUCCCUGGAACGCUAUCGGCGCCUCUUGAAAGCCGAAAGACAUCUCAGGAGGCAAAGACUAGCACUGACGAAAACCCAGAAGUAGAGACCUCGAAGUCACGCAGCAAUGUCACCCAAGAGGAAGGAAGAACGCAAGUUUUGACAGUCGCAGAUGCAUUUGGCAACCACUACGACCCUUAUCCACACGACCCAAGCAUGGUUGACGUGGCUUCAUCCUUCCUCCACCGCCUACAGGACUUUGUGACGGAAAUGAACGAAGAGGAAAUGCUCCCAGACCGUCGGUGGCCAAAAUGGGUCCACAAUGCGCAGGUCUUCAUCUCCCAGGUACAGAAAACGUCCCUCGCUGAUGCUAUAUACCAGCAGAUGCUCAGGAAGGACACAGUAGCGCACCUCGAUAAGGACCAGACAGGUGACGUGGAGGUGGAUGUCACGGGUGUUCAGUACGAUCCUAUUGGCACAGCCCUUGAGUUCUUCUUCAACGGAUUUCACACGGUGCUCGACAUUCCCAACAUCUUCGAGUGGUGGGAGCGCUUCACUGCAUAUCAAGCUUACUACGCCACCACCACCACCUCCACGACCAUGAACCCGCUCUCCGUUUUCUUCGAGGACGAGAUCACGGAGCAGAAGAAGAACGACAGCAGUGAGGAGUUGCCGGAUAGUGUGAUCUCUGUAGCACAUUAUGACCCUUACGUAACGGGGGUCAAUACUCUACUGUUUUUAUUCUACAAGCAUCUCCUGUUCAAGAACUUCAUCUGGAACUCAGGGUUUGAGAACUUGUUCCUUGAUGCAGCCCAGACCAUUGCCCGAACAGGGGACAAUGAAGGCGUAGAGUACGUAGACGGACCAAGAGGAGAGAAUGCACUGGAGAAAGGAGGAGGAGAAAAGACAGCAGAUGACGAAAGAGGAGACCGAACAAAUGUAGCAGAAGAUUAUGACUACUACUACUACGACUACUACUACGACGACCAGGCAGCGGGAGGCAGUACAAACACACACACCUCAACAGGUCGUGGGACUUCAGACGACUAUUACGACUACUACUAUGACAAUUACCAGUCGUACCCUAGUCCGGAAGACCUCCUGCUGGGCACCAAGGCUAGAAAUGGUCAUGACUACUACCCAAAUGACAUAGAUAGUGGAGGAAAUAGACAUUAUGAUGACUAUUAUACCCAAGGACUACGACCACCACCACCACCACCACCAGAGAAAACGAGGAGGAAUGAUGAUGAAGAGACUGACUCCUCCUCUUCCUCUUCCUCCUCCUCCUCCUCCUCCUCCUCUUCCCCUAUUUCCAAACCUCCCUUAUUCCCAGCUACCUACGGGCAUGGACUCGGCACUGCAGUAGACUCCAUACUCCUCAAGGGCACUGGUCUUGUGGUAAAGUAAGUCAAAAAGGUACAAAAGCAGGAAGGACUCUCCCCGCCUCUGUCUCUCUCUUUCUCUCUCUCUUUCUGUGUUUCUGCUAUUCAUUCAUCCUCCCUCAGUAAUCAUGUGUCUUUUCAUCUCGCCUCCAUUUAUCAGUCCCCCUCGUUAUCUCUCUUUCUAUCUCCCUCUCUCUCUCUCUCUCUCUCUCUCUCUCUCUCUCUCUCUCUCUCUCUCUCUCUCUCUCUCUCUCUCUCUCUCUGUCUGUCUCUCUUUCUCUCUCUCACCUUUUUUAUCAAUGUUGCUUCAAGUCUAUUUUUUAUUUUCCAGUCUUUCAUUUGUGGUGUUCAUCGUUAUCUCUCUCUCUCUCUCUCUCUCUCUCUCUCUCUCUCUCUCUCUCUCUCUCUCUCUCUCUCUCUCUCUCUCUCA